AAAAUCAAUAAUGAUCAGAAUAAGAUUGGCGAAAGCUACGAUCCUGUUGAAAGCUCUAAUUAUAAUGACGUUAAUGAUUUUAAUAAACACUCCCACUCACGACACUCUCCUCUACAACGUUCUUAUUCACGCUACUCUCCUUUACGCCAUUCUAGUUCACAAAGUCAAUCACAGCCCAAUAACUGCAAGAUACUCUUAUUUAAAUCAGAUUAUGAAGCUGCAGCAUAUGUUGCUGAAAGACCAGAACUUUUAAAAAUUGCAGUACAAAUAGCUCAGUAUGAUGGCCUUAAAGUGUCAGACAAUGAAGAAAAAACCACAGUUCUUACUCAACUAUUGAUAAGCAAAAAAUUAAGUAAACAAAAGCAAAAGUUGGCUCAAGAAUACCAAGAAGCGGCUAAGAAUAAAAAUUGCUGA